AUGCUGCACUGCGGCGGCGGCACGGCGCAACCAAACCUCCUCCCUCCGCCGCCCACCCCAGCCCUGGCACCGCCCCCUUCCUCGGCUGUGAUUGGCAGGACCGGUGGAGCGGUCGGCGGCGAUUGGCGGGUGCCGGCGGGAGGUGGGGUAGGUUGCGUGAAGGGUGAUAAAGUUAGUGGGGCUGCCGGGGAGCGCCCGAGACGCGGCGGCGGCGGUCGGCGCUCUAUGGAGCCGCCGGGACCCGGGGAAGCUGACAAGGCCUUAGGGAAGAUUCUUCGUUGUCAAGCCGCCAAAGUGGAGAGUGCGAUUGCAGAAGGGGGUGCUUCUCGUUUCAGUGCUUCUUCAGGCGGAGGAGGUGGUAGGGGUGCACCUCAGCACUAUCCCAAGACUGCCAGCAACAGCGAGUUCCUGGGGAAAACCCCAGGGCAAAACGCUCAGAAAUGGAUUCCUUCACGAAGCACUAGACGAGAUGACGACUCCGCAAACGACAAAGAACGACAUGAUGCAAUCUUCAGGAAAGUAAGAGGCAUACUAAAUAAGCUUACUCCUGAAAAGUUCGACAAGCUAUGCCUUGAGCUCCUCAAUGUGGGUGUAGAAUCUAAGCUCAUCCUAAAAGGGGUCAUACUGCUGAUCGUAGACAAAGCCCUUGAAGAGCCCAAGUAUAGCUCGCUGUACGCUCAACUAUGUCUGCGACUGGCAGAAGAUGCACCCAACUUUGAUGGCCCAUCAGCAGAGAGUCAUCCAGGACAGAAGCAAAGCACAACAUUCAGACGCCUCCUAAUAUCUAAACUUCAAGAUGAAUUUGAAAACCGAACCAGAAAUGUUGAUAUCUAUGAUAAGCAUGAUGGUCCCCUCCUCCCUGAGGAGGAGGAACAGAGAGCCAUUGCCAAGAUCAAGAUGCUGGGGAACAUCAAAUUCAUUGGAGAACUUGGCAAGCUUGAUCUUAUUCAUGAAUCUAUCCUUCAUAAGUGCAUCAAAACACUUUUGGAAAAGAAGAAGAGAGUUCAACUCAAAGAUAUGGGGGAGGAUUUGGAGUGCCUCUGUCAGAUAAUGAGGACAGUGGGACCUAGAUUAGAUCAUGCGAAAGCCAAGUCCUUAAUGGAUCAGUACUUUGCCCGUAUGCGCUCCUUGAUGUCAAGUAAGGAAUUGCCAGCAAGGAUUCGUUUCCUGCUGCAGGAUACUGUGGAGUUGAGAGAACACAACUGGGUUCCUCGCAAAGCUUUUCUUGACAAUGGACCAAAGACUAUCAAUCAAAUCCGUCAAGAUGCAGUAAAAGAUCUGGGAGUUUUUAUUCCUGCUCCUAUGUCUCAAGGGAUGCGAAGCGACUUCUUUCUGGAGGGACCCUUCAUGCCACCCAGGAUGAAACUUGACAGGGACCCACUCGGAGGGCUUGCUGAUAUGUUUGGACAAAUGCCAGGUAGCGGAAUUGGUACUGGUCCAGGGGUUAUUCAGGAUAGAUUCUCACCCACCAUGGGACGCCAUCGUUCAAACCAACUCUUCAAUGGCCAUGGGGGUCACCUCAUGCCUUCUGCUCAAUCCCAGUUUGGAGACCUAGGCAAAUCUUUUCUGAAAAGUCAGGGGCAAAGCCAACUCUACCAUACCCAGAAUCAGGGACUCUUAUCCCAGCAACAAGGACAGUCGAAGGAUAUGCCACCUCGGUUUUCUAAGAAAGGACAGCUUAAUGCAGAUGAGAUUAGCCUGAGACCUGCUCAGUCUUUCCUGAUGAAUAAAAACCAAGUGCCAAAGCUUCAGCCCCAGAUAACUAUGAUUCCUCCCAGUGCUCAACCACCACGCACUCAGACACCGCCUUUGGGACAGCCGCCUCAACUUGGUCUUAAAACAAAUCCACCGCUUAUACAAGAGAAGCCUGCAAAGACCACCAAGAAACCACCUCCUUCUAAGGAAGAGCUACUUAAGCAAACUGAGGCUGUUGUGACUGAGUAUCUGAACAAUGGAAAUGCUAAUGAUGCUGUCAAUACUGUGAGAGAAAUGAGAGCUCCGAAACACUUCAUUCCUGAGAUGCUGAGCAAAGUAAUCCUUCAAUCCCUAGAUAGAUCAGAUGAGGACAAAGAGAAAGCAAGUACUUUGAUCAGCUUGCUCAAGCAGGAGGGAAUAGCCACCAGUGACAACUUCAUGCAGGCAUUCCUGAAUGUAUUGGACCAGUGCCCCAAACUGGAGGUGGACAUCCCAUUGGUGAAAUCCUACUUAGCACAGUUUGCAGCCCGUGCCAUUAUUUCAGACCUGGUGAGCAUUUCCGAACUGGCUCAACCACUGGAAAGUGGCACCCAUUUCCCUCUCUUCCUGCUCUGUCUUCAGCAGUUAGCUAAGUUACAAGACCGUGAAUGGCUAACAGAACUGUUCCAACAAAGCAAAGUGAAUAUGCAGAAAAUGUUACCAGAAAUUGACCAGAACAAGGACCGCAUGCUGGAGAUCUUGGAAGGGAAGGGGCUUAGCUUCUUGUUCCCCCUUCUGAAACUGGAGAAGGAACUGCUAAAGCAAAUAAAAUCGGAUCCAUCCCCUCAAGCCAUCUAUAAGUGGAUUAAAGAUAACAUUUCACCCAAGCUUCAUGUAGAUAAGGGAUUUGUGAAUAUAUUGAUGACCAGUUUCUUGCAGUAUAUUUCUAGUGAAGUAAACCCACCCAGUGACGAAUCGGAUUCUUCAUCUGCUCCAUCCAAAGAGCAGCUCGAGCAGGAAAAGCAGCUGCUUCUUUCCUUCAAGCCAGUGAUGCAGAAGUUCCUCCACGACCAUGUUGAUCUGCAAGUGAGUGCUUUAUAUGCACUCCAGGUGCACUGCUACAACAACAAUUUUCCAAAAGGCAUGUUACUGCGCUUCUUUGUUCAUUUCUAUGACAUGGAGAUCAUUGAAGAAGAAGCCUUCUUGGCAUGGAAAGAAGACAUUACUCAAGAGUUUCCAGGGAAAGGCAAAGCUUUAUUCCAGGUAAACCAGUGGUUAACCUGGCUGGAAACUGCUGAAGAAGAAGAAUCUGAAGAAGAAGCUGACUAAAGAACCAGCCAAAGCCUUAAAUUGUGCAAACAUACUGUUGCUAUGAUGUAACUGCAUUUGACCUAACCACUGCGAAAAUUCAUUCCGCUGUAAUGUUUCACAAUAUUUAAAGCAGAAGUAUGUCAGUAGGAUAUUCUCUGCAAAAGGUUUUUGUAGUAUGUCUUAAUAGUCUACAAUAAAAAUAUUUUAGAGUAUCUUCAAUGUUUAGAUAACAGUGUAUUAGCAGCAUGCAAUAAUUACAUCAUAAGUUCUCGAGCAGAAGCAGUCUGUUGCAAGGGUCUUCUUUGCUGCCAGUUAUCAUAGGCUGUUUUUAAGUUAGAAACUGAAUAGCAACACUGAAUACUGUAGAAAUGCACUUUGCUCAGUGUAAUACUUGAGUUGUUGCAAUAUUUGAUUAUCCAUUUGGUUGUUACAGAGAAUCCUUAACUGUAAUCGAUGGUUGUUGCCGUAAUAGUAUAUUUGCCUGUAUUUCUACCUCUAGUAAUGGGCUUUAUGUGCUAGGUUUUAAUAUCCUUGAGCCUGGGCAAGUGCACAAGUCUUUUAUAAAAGGAACAGUUUACUUGCACAAAAACUGAUCGGCUGAAGAGAUGGUUUAAUGCCCUUUGGAAGAGGUUUUUGUGGGUGUGAAACAUGACAUGGUAAGAAAUUUGAAUUGGUCCCUCUUACAGUACUGAAAUUAAGUCUAUUAAUUUAUCAAGACAUGUUCAUGCCCUGAUUUUAUAUACUUGUAUCUAUCAAUAAACAUUGUGAUACUUGA